AUGCAUGAUCCGUCCCGUUCGUUCCGUCUAUACUCGUUGCGUACGUCCUCUUUAGGAGAUUCUGGUGCUGCUGAGGUUGAGACGUCUCAAGAACCCGCAUUACCCUCCCCGCAUCACCGUCCCCGCAUCACCUUCCCCGCAUCACCCUCCCCGCAUCACCCUCCCCGCAUCACCUUCCCCGCAUCACCCUCCCCGCAUCACCCUCCCCGCAUCACCUUCCCCGCAUCACCCUCCCCGCAUCACCGUCCCCGCAUCACCCUCCCCGCAUCACCCUCCCCGCAUCACCCUCCCCGCAUCACCCUCCCCGCAUCACCCUCCCCGCAUCCCACUCCCCAUCCCCGCAUCCCUCUCCCCGCAUCGACCUCCCCACAUCACCCUCCCCACAUCACCCUCCCCACAUCACCCUCCCCACAUCACCCUCCCCGCAUCCCUCUCCCAGCAGCUGGCGGCGCUGGAGGAGAGUCUGGUGCUGCUGCGGGGUCGCUGUUGCCUGCUCGCAUCUCUGAUGCCCCUCGCUCCCUGCAUCCCGUUUGGUCCCCCAACGUUCCUCGCCCUUGCGUAACCCUCCCUGAAUCUCUCUCCCCGCAGCUGGCGUCGUUGGAGGAGAGUCUCGAGCUGCUGAGGGACCGCUGCUGCCAGCUCGCUCGCAGCUGCAACGACUUCGCCGUUGCUCCCCAUGCACCCCUCACUGCUCCUCACACCCCCCUGCCAAUGCAAUUCUCUCUCCCUCACACACCAGGGCAUCCCUGGGCGAGUCGUUCGAGGCGGAGCGUGCCUUCGUGCAUGCGGCUUUUCCUCCUCCCACUGUAUGCUGGACUUAACACUCACUGCGUGCCUCCUCACGCACCCAAUCUCCUCUCUCUCCCACACACCAGGGCAUCCCUGGGCGAGUCGUUCGAGGCAGAGAGCGCCUUCGUGCACGCCAUGGAGCGCUUCUUUGGUGCGCCCGAGGAUGCUGUCAGCAUCGCCACAGGCGGUCCUGUGCUGGGGCAGUUCGUGAUGACGCUGCGUGACCUCACCAUAUUUAAGGAGACGCUCAAAUCACAGGCAAGCGCCAUGGAGCAUGUGCUGCAUGACAGAAUCACCAACUUCGUGGAGAACGAUCUCAACAACCUCAAGGAGGUGCGGCGGCGCUACGACAAGGCUGGGCGGCAGUAUGACCAGAUGCGGGAGCGCUUCCUGUCGCUCAAGAAGGGCAUCAAGGCUGAAGUGGCGGCAGAGGCCGACGAGGUGAGAGGGGAUUGGUUUGAGUUUGACUGGAAAGUGUUGGGAAAAUUUCUGCGAGGGGGAGGAGAGGGGGGUUCGAGAAAUCAGAGAUAUGUGGGCACAGCAUGGAAGGCAAGUGGAGAUGUGGGAGGAGGUGGGUGGGAAGAUGUGGAUGGGAGGAAGGUGUUGAGAGGAGACAAGGGAAGUGUUUCGAGAUGUUUACAUGCCCCCCUCCCAUGCCCUCCCGUGCCCCUCCCAUGCCCUCCCAUGCCCCUCCCAUGCCCUCCCAUGCCCUCCUAUGCCCCUCCCAUGCCCUCCCAUGCCCUCCCAUGCCCUCCCAUGCCCUCCCAUGCCCUCCCAUGCCCUCCCAUGCCCUCGCAUGCCCUCCCAUGCCCCUCCCGUGCCCCUCCCAUGCCCUCCCAUGCCCUCCUAUGCCCCUCCCAUGCCCUCCCAUGCCCUCCCAUGCCCUCCCAUGCCCCUCCCAUGCCCUCCCAUGCCCUCCUAUGCCCCUCCCAUGCCCUCCCAUGCCCUCCCAUGCCCUCCCAUGCCCCUCCCAUGCCCUCCCAUGCCCUCCCGUACCCCUCCCAUGCCCUCCCAUGCCCCUCCCAUGCCCUCCCAUGCCCUCCUAUGCCCCUCCCAUGCCCUCCCAUGCCCUCCCAUGCCCUCCCAUGCCCUCCCAUGCCCUCCCAUGCCCUCCCAUGCCCUCCCAUGCCCUCCCAUGCCCCUCCCGUGCCCCUCCCGUGCCCUCCCGUGCCUCUCUUGUCCUCUCCUCUCUCCUGCUCGCCCUCUCUCUGCCCUCCUCACAGCAUGGGGCCCGCAUGCUGCAGUGCAAUCAUACCUGAAUUGAAUCCAUACGCUGCAGUUCGAGAUGUUUACAUGCCCCCCUCCCAUGCCCUCCCGUACCCCUCCCAUGCCCUCCCAUGCCCCUCCCAUGCCCUCCCAUGCCCUCCUAUGCCCCUCCCAUGCCCUCCCAUGCCCUCCCAUGCCCUCCCAUGCCCUCCCAUGCCCUCCCAUGCCCCUCCCGUGCCCCUCCCAUGCCCUCCCAUGCCCUCCCAUGCCCCUCCCAUGCCCUCCCAUGCCCUCCUAUGCCCCUCCCAUGCCCUCCCAUGCCCUCCCAUGCCCUCCCAUGCCCUCCCAUGCCCUCCCAUGCCCUCCUAUGCCCUCCCAUGCCCUCCCAUGCCCCUCCCGUGCCCCUCCCGUGCCCUCCCGUGCCUCUCUUGUCCUCUCCUCUCUCCUGCUCGCCCUCUCUCUGCCCUCCUCACAUUAUGGGGCCCGCAUGCUGCAGUGCAAUCAUACCUGAAUUGA